GUUGGCUGAGCAUCGCAGUAGCUCUUCCUUAGUUUAACUUUUAGUGACCACUUGCCACCGAGGAUUUAAUACAACACUUAAAAUGGCUAAAAUCUUAAUCAGUGCUCUAUUGUGCGUUGCCAUGUUUGGCUCAAUGGCUGCCGCCGCUGCCGGAGGAUGCAAGGAGGCAAAUGGAACCGCUCCCGUUUCCGGAUCCUGCGAUGCCUACAUUGAGUGCAAGAACGGAGUGGCCGAGGAGAAGCUCUGCCCCGACGGUCUGCUGUACAACGAGAAGUCCACGGGAUACCCCUGCGGUUACCCCAUCGACGUGGAGUGCUCCCAGGGUCAGGCCCGCCUGCAGGCCGCUCAGCCCACGGAUGAUUGCCCCCACCAGUUUGGAUACUACCGCAUGGGCGAUGCCAGCCACUGUGGACAGUUCAUGAACUGCGCUGCGGGCCGUGGCUUCGUGUUCGACUGCCCCGAGGGUCUGGCCUGGAAUCCGGCCACCUACAAGUGCGACUGGCCCGAUCAGGUGGAGGACUGCGAUGCCGAGGCCUUCCUUGGCUUCCGCUGCCCGGCACCUGCACUCAAAUCUGAGCUGCUCGGCGAACAGGAGGCGGACUACACCUUCCAUCCGUCGCAGGACAACUGCCAGGUGUACUUCAUCUGCAUUGAGGGACGUCCGCGUCGCAUUGGAUGCGGCGAGGAUCAGGCCUUCAACCAGGAGCUGAAUCAGUGCGACGACAUCGAGAACGUGCCCAACUGCAGCAGUGCCAUCCGCGAAAAGGGCGCCCAGAUCAAGGCCGCUCGUCUUCAUGCCAAGAAGAACUAAGUCAAUCCAUCCAAUGUGAUUUUUGCCAUGCACAGGCCAUACGGCGAUAGGUGGCUCGAGUUUUCUAGUCUGUAGUUAAAGAAUUUGGCAAACUGAUUGUUGACAUUUUGCUCGUCGAAAUAAAAAAAUGGAAGAACAAAAA